AUGAGGAAAGAUGUUAAGUAUCAAAAGCAGAUAGUCGAGCCGCUACAAGAAUAUGAUCACAAUUUACAACUACAUCAAGUAAACCCAUUAGAGUCACUACUUUCAGCUCAGAAGGCCGGAGUCCACCAAUCUAUGGAUAUUCAGGAGAACCCAAUGUUCAAAUAUACGCUUGAUCAGAACUUUUAUGAGAAGCAAACUAAAGAGUAUCUUCCAGCCAUACUUCUAAAGAUUUUGGAGAAUAAAAGUAGACAGGAAGCCUUUAUGCCAAAAGAUUUCCUUGAAAAUGAAACAAAGAAAUCAGCAAAUUUGCAAUUAUUUCAAAAAGAAGGGAAAAUGGCAAUGAAAACCGGUAUCAAUAAUUUGGAAGCAAGUAAGGAAAUGCACGACAAGAAAUUUAAUCUAAACAAUCCAUCAGAUGGCAGGGCUUCAGAAGUAGGAAUCCAGGAAAGUCAUCACAGUGAGUUCCAUGAUAGAAUAGUAAAAUAUACAGGAAAGGAGAGCCUUAUAUCUUCAGGACUAAAAGCCCUAAAGCAGCUAAUUCAGGACAUUCAAGCAGUAUCAAAUCAACAAGGACUGGUAGAGGGAAAGCACAUUCAGGGUCUACAAUACGUAAUCCCUCCAAACCAAGAAUCGUGGUCGGCCAAUGUAAAACGAAAGAUGACCAAAGAACUAUUUGCAGUGCCAACAUUUGUCAGCGUCCCAUCAAAGCAUAAUGACCUGAAAAAGACAGGUAGACGUGAAGAAGCACCAGCUUAUGCACAGGCUUCCUGUAGUCCGAAGACUCACAUCAUGUUCUUAAAAACGCAUAAAUCGGCUAGCAGUACCAUCCUGAACAUACUUUACCGUUUUGGAGAAGCCAAUGGUCUGGUUUUGGCGCUUCCUCGCAGGCCAUCUUUCCAACUGGGCUACCCUAAAUUCUUCUCAGCAAAGCAGGUCGCAGGCUUCCCCACAAAAUGGAAUCAGUACAAUAUCAUGUGUAAUCACUUGAGAUUCUAUCUGCCAGAGGUGAAGAAGGUUAUGCCUGAAGAGACGUUUUACUUUUCAAUUGUGCGAAAUCCAACCACUCUGAUGGAGUCAUCUUUCACAUAUUACAAACAUUCUGCUCCAGCCUUCUACAAAGCUAGUUCACUCACUGAGUUUGUAAAGGAUCCCUGGGUAUAUUAUAACAAUGCCGCUAAUAACCACUAUGCUAGGAAUCUUUUGUCCUUUGACUUUGGAUUUGAUAACAAUGCAAACUACUCUGAAAAAUACAUGGCUUCUAUUAUCAGUACAAUAGAGACACAGUUUAAUCUGAUUCUGGUCACUGAAUAUUUUGACGAAUCAAUUAUUCUUCUGAAAGAAGCCCUUUGCUGGGAGUUUGAUGAUGUGGUUUUCUUCAAACUCAACAUCAGAAGCAAUGCCACAAAGGAGCACUUAUCUCAAGAAACGAUUGAAGAGAUAAAGGACUGGAAUGCAGUAGACUGGAAUCUUUAUCUCCACUUCAAUAAAACAUUUUGGCAGAAAAUUGACGAGACAAUUGGGAGAAAAAGGAUGCAGCAAGAAGUGGAUAAGUUGCGGCAAAAGCAGACGGAGCUGAUGAAAACUUGUCUGGAACACGGUGGAGCUGUUGAUGCCUCUAAAAUCAAAGAUAAGGCUCUCAAACCAUUCCAGUUCGGCAAGGCAAGAAUCCUCGGCUAUAACCUCAACCCAGACUUGGAUCACACCAUCACGGUGAAAUGCCAGCGUCUUGUCAUUCCUGAACUGCAGUACACUAAACUACUUUAUGAUAAGCAGUAUUCCUGA